AAGUUGAAGGGAAAUACAAAUCACAUUUAAUGAUGAUUUUCAGGCAGAGAGUUCAGAAUAACUAUAACAAAAAAUGAAUACAAAUUAUACCAUGGCACUUUAGAGACUGGAAGGGUAAAGGGGCAUGUGCUCUACACAGGUAGAGACAUAUCUGUCCAUGUUGCCUUUUGCAAAGUGGGCACUGCUUCAUGUCCAACACCACCACUCACCUAAAUAGCCCACAUGCCACUGGGUGAGAAGUUUUUAAAAUUAUUUUUGACCAGAAUUAUGUGUGUGUUGUUAGUGAUGAGCCUUGGUCCAUUUAGCUCUGAAUAUGCCACCCUCGUCAAUCUGUCACCUAAUCCUGCCUAAUGGGCAGGUCAGCCCUGGAGGAAAGUAUUGGCUGUAAGAAGUAAGAGAACAUAACAUCUGGUUGUUUUUAAAUUACUUCUUAUGACAUUGCUUUAUUUUUGUUCCGAUCUGUGUUGCUCACUCCAGUCAGCAGAUGGCGAUGUGAGUUUUUCAGGUGAUGCUUCUUGUGUGACGUAUUAUCUAGUGGACGGAACAGGAGGCUUCUUCAACAGAGACAAAAGGCUUCUGAUUCAACCAAUGCGGUGGUUUGCUAGCGAACAUAGAAACGGAGCAUUUAAGGUCUUUAGUCUAAUCUUGUGUAUAUUAAUCUUAGUGUUUAGAACACAAUUCUGUUUACGCAUCUACUUGUUAAUUUAAACGUAGUUUGCUUCUUAAAUUAGCGAAUGUGUUAACUUGAUACUGCACAAGGCUAAUCGCCCGGAGCAUGAGGUCACGAAACUAGACGGAGAAAGAUCUGGUGAAAGGAGAGGAAGAAGCUUUCAGAAUGGAAGAGGAGGCUAUCACAUUGAAACAAGAGGAUGAUAUUACAGGGAAAGAGGAAGAUGGGAAAGAGGUUGACAGAGUGGAAAAUGAGGAGGUAGAAGCUUUCAGAAUCAAAAAGGAUGAAGAUCCCGUAACAUUGAAGAAGGAGAAUAUAGUGAAAGAAGAGGAAGAACCUUUCAGAAUAAAAAAUGAGGAAAAUGCCGUAACAUUGGAGGAGAAUGUAGUGAAAGAAGAGGAAGAACCUUUUGGAGUAAAAGAGGAAGAGGAGGAUAUCUCAAUAAAAGAGGAGGAAGAUGUUUUAGGAGUGAAAAAGGAGGAGGAGUCAGAAUAUCCGAUUACCAUCCGAGAGAGACAUGACGAUCCUGGAUCCUCUGGGGAGCCUCACCAACAUCCUGAUGCUGACGAAGCAGAGAAGAGUCUCUCCAUAUCAGAACACCAGAUGGACAACACUAGCCCUUCCUCCCUCCCGGAGUCCCUGUGUCGUGCCUCUCCUGGUAGCACCUUACUGGUGGGUAUGAAGAGGUUGUCUGUGCUGCUGGUGGACUGCAGGAAAACAACAGGGCUGAGUGGAACUGUGAGAGGAGGAGAAGAGAAGAAAGGAUCAGAUUUGACUCAUCAAAGAGAAAGACCAGACUCCCAGGAACCAGAGACGUCCAAACCAACAAGACGACACCACUGCUCCCACUGUGGAAAGGGUUUUAAACAGUUACGGGACCUGAAACAACAUGAGAGAAUACACACAGGUGAAAAGCCAUACCACUGUGCCCAGUGUGGAAAGAAUUUUAACCACAAAGGAUACCUGAAACAACAUGAGAGAAUACACACAGGGGAGAAGCCUUACCACUGUGCCCAGUGUGGAAAGAGCUAUAACCAGAGAGGAUACCUGAAAAAACAUGAGAGAAUUCAUACAAGGAGUUUUAACCAGAAAGGACACCUGAUGCAACAUGAGAGAAUACACCCAGUGGAGAAGCCAUACCACUGCUCACAGUGUGCAAAGAGGUUUACAAGGUUAGGGGGCCUGAAAAUACACGAGACAAUACAUACGGGAGAAAAGCCGUACCACUGCUCCCAGUGUGGAAAGGGUUGUAACCACUUAAGUGGCCUGAAAAGACACGAGAGAAUACACACAGGGGAGAAACCUUACCACUGCUCCCAGUGUGGAAAAAGUUUUGCCCAGUUAUGUAACCUGAAAACACACAAGAGAAUACACACAGGGGUGAAGCCUUACCACUGCUCCCAGUGUGACAAGAGUUUUAAGGAGUUAGGUAACCUGAAAAGACAUGAGAUAAAUCACACAGGAGGUAAGGAUGUAGCCUGUUGAACAGUAGGACAUAGGACAGAUGUAGGCCUCUGAACACAAGGACAUAGUAGAGGAGAAUGCCCAAUAAAUGGUGGGGCAGUAGGAUAGUAGUCCUUCUUUCGUUCUUAAUGCGUUUGAGCCAAUCGGUUGUAAUGUGACAAGGUAAGGGUGGUAUACAGAAGAUAGCCCUAUUUGUUAAAAAUAUUAAUUCAAUAUUAGGGCAAGAACAGCUCAAAUAAGCAAAGAGAAACAGUCCAUCAUUACUUUAAGACAUGAAGUAAGUCAAUCUGUUUCUUCAUGUGCAAAACCAUCAAGCGCUCUGAUGACCGUCACAGGAA